CCGGCACGUAGGCGCAAAAAGGGCGUCCAUUCCCUUGAUAUUUGCGGGCGGAGGAGAAGUACUUCCUUCCUCCGCCCGUCCGCUUGGCUUGCUCAUCCGUUCUUCGCCUGCUUCCUUCCUCCGCUCCGCUCCGCCGCUGCUAUUUCUUUCCCCUCCCCUCCGGAGAGACCACGCCGGCCGAAUCCACAUAAAUUUCCUUUCCGUCCCGCCACGGCUCGCUCGCUCGCUCGAUCUGUCUUCCGUCGGGGUCGGUUCUUGGCCUGGAUCCUGCGGAAUCUCUUCUUGAUUGUUUUCCGGUCGUUGGGGCUCCAAAUCUCCCCCGCGCCCGUCUCCUCCCCGGCCUCCUCCACGCGGGCGGGCUCAAUUCAAGGGGAUUUGCGUCCCCCUUCCCUCCCGUCCCUUGGAUCUCCUUCCUGCCCGCCUCUCCGCGCCACGUCCCGGAAAGGAAAUCCGCGGGGAGAUCUUUCCUGUUGUCUCAGGCCAGCACAGGCGAAUCCCUUCCUCGGGGGCCUCUGCCUGUCCGCCCCCCUUGUCGCCUCCUUCUCCUCCUGACAAGUACGUAAGUAUCCGAUGGGCGAGGUGUACCUGGGACUGGAUCGAUCGGCCAAGCCGGAGCCAGCGGACGUCGGCAUUGCCCAGGGCAACCAGGUCACUAACCUGGUGUCGGCGGGAUGGACGGAUGAGAGGCACACGGAUUACAUAAGCUCCAUGGAAGCCUCUUUCAUCAACCGACUCCUCAAUCACGGGAACAACGCCAACAGGAAAGAUUCAGGUACCAAUGGGUUCAAGGUUCUCCAAGGUGGGGCUGGAGUGUGGAAGAAAGUCGAGUUUGCGAGGCCCGGUGCUUGCGCUCAAGUCGGGGCCAAACAAAGCCUGCCUGCAAACCCCUGGAUCCAGCAUUUCAGAUCGCGUGAUUGCAGCAGCAGCAGCAGCAGUGCAAGAGGUGACGGGGUACAAACUUUAGUAGGUGAUCACGAAUCGGGUAUUCGGACUACCCCUGGGGGGACUCCCUUGUCCCAUGGAAGGGAAUUGGGAGCUUGCAAGGGAGAAAACCUUCUCGACCAAAAUUCAGAGGUCUCUGAUCAGAACUUUGCUGACGACGACGAGGCGGAAGUCGGAGCAGAAUCAAGCAGAACAUGCAAGAAAAGACGAUUGAGCAGUUCUUCCACUUACUGCGCCCAAACGAUCCAGUGACUUUACAGGAUCGGUUAGCAUAGUCUGUUGCAAGCCUUGACAAAAGCAACACGCCCAAUUACUCAAAGAGCCUGCUUGCUGCCUCAAAACCUGUUGGAACUUGGAAGCAAGGAUGCUCUGAAGUAAAGCAUGGAAGAGUAUUUAUCGGUAAAUGCGCCACCGGCAAGCACUGGAGGAUUUAUUUGACAGAUUAGAUCCUGGCUAUGUAUCUCUAUUUUGCAGUUAAAGUCGAUUGUGUGGUAGUGCCCCAUUAUGAGGAACAACAGGCUCACUCACUGCUUAGUAGUAGUGUCCUGGUAGAUAGUAAUAUUGUUUUGUUUUACGGAUGUAAUGAAAUGUUGUUGCUUGCAAUGUGAAUGAAAUGUUCAUGUUUACCACAA